GUGGUGUUUUUACACCCGCUUUAAAUUUUGAAAUGUUUGUGAUGUUUUGUUUGCAAUGUUGGUGAACUUUUUAUAGCUUUAAAGUGUAUUUGGAAAAAUCAUGCCUGCCAAGAAGAAAGGAAAAGCUGAGCUGAGUAUAUCACAGCUGAUAUCUCCAAAAGUCAACACUGAAACUUUACAAGAUGGAGAGACAUGUGUUUUCUGUCUGAGUAAUGAGGAUAAAGAGGAAGAAUAUGGAAAAUUUAUCAAGAAAUGUGGACUACAAGUUCAUUACUUUUGUAUGUUAUUUGCUAGUGGUUUGUGUCAGAGAGGAAAAUCGGAGGAACAUGGAAUCUAUGGAUUUUUACCAGAAGACAUUAUCAAGGAAAUAAGAAGAGGAUCAAGACUGAAAUGUUACUGUUGUAAAAAGAAAGGUAGUACCAUUGGCUGUGUUGUGGGAUCUUGUUCUAAGAAAUUUCACCUGGGAUGUGGCAGGAAAGGUGGAACUCUUCAUCAGUUCUUUGGGUCAUUCAGGUCAUUUUGUCAGGAUCAUCGUCCACGGCAGAUGGUACCAAUAUCAGACAGAUUGGCAUUUUAUGGUACAGCUAAUGCUCUAUGUGCUAUUUGUAUGAAUUCGGUAGAAGCUCGGGCAUCAAACGAAACGCUGAGAGCUCCUUGCUGUCGUAAUUCAUGGUUUCACAGAUCAUGUAUACAGAAACAUGCAUCCACUGCAGGAUUGUAUUUCUUCAAGUGUCCUCUAUGCAACAACAAAGAAAUGUUCCAGAAUGAAAUGUUAGAAUUUGGUAUACAUAUACCUGAUCAAGAUGCUGCAUGGGAAACAGAACCAAAUGCUUAUAAUGAGCUAAUGGAGAGAUACAUGCACUGUGAUGCUGUGUUAUGUAGGUGUCCUAAUGGCAGGAAGUACAACAGAGAUGGCGGAAAAUGGGAAAUAACAACAUGUGAUUGGUGUGGUUCUAAAGGGACACAUGUAACGUGUCACAGCCUGAUUAAGAUUGGUCGCAAUUUAGUUUGUCAGGAAUGUAAAGAAAUAGAUGAUAGAUCUCGAAAAAUUAAAAAGAUAAAAAAAAAGAAAAGAACUCCUUUGAAGAAAAGACUUGAAGACAAUGUGGAGGAUAAGGAUGAUGUUGAUUUAGAACAAAAAGCGAAAAGUGAAUAUCCCGGACCAAGUUCUGCUAUUGUAAAGACAAAUCCAACAAAAAAGAAAACACCUGAAGUACCAAGGAACCGGUCACCAGUAGGUUCACCAGGCAUGUCACCUGGUAUGAUAUUACGUUUGUCAUAUCAGGAAACAGAUGAUGAUGUUGAUGUAGUUGAGGAUGAAGAUGUUAACACUUGUUUAUCUCCCUUGCUGUCAGCUCAAAAAGAAAAUCGUGCAAAAAAUAUACCAGCAGCAAUAGGUAGUUGCGAACAAAAGAAAAAACGUCGGGGAAGGUCAAGACAUAGGAAAAGGUCAAGGUCUUCCUCGAGUGAAUAUAUCCCAUUGUCAUCUAUAAGACAUAGGCUGAGAUCUUCUUCACGUGGACCUGCUCGACAAAGUAGGAGCAGGUCUCCUUCAUUAUCAGAGGAAUCUCAUGUUAGUGGAGAUCUGUCCCACUCUCCUAGAGGAAAAAGAUUUAGUCGAAGAAGGUUGAAAAAUAGAUCUCGAUCAUCAUCGUCAGACUCAUUGGUAAAUUCAAGAUUGAGAUCAGCUUCUCGUAAAAGAAAGAGAUCAAGAUCGUCUUCAUCCGAAUCAUUAGUUCAUAAAAGGUUAAGAUCUGCUUCUCGUGGGAGAACGCGUGAAAAAAGGUCAUCUUCGUCACUCGAAUCACCAGGAUUUUCCAGAACUAGAUCAGUUUCACGGAAACGUAAGAUAAUUGAAUCUCCAUCAAAAACUACCAGUUCAAAACAAAAUUCAAAGAAGACAUUAGCUUAUGAUGAAGUUGAUGGAGAAAGUUUGCCAGUCAGGCCGUCAUCUGAGAGCAAGAAAAGGAGGAAAAGUAUAAAUCACCCUUUUUCUGCACACGGAUACAAAAAUAAAAAGAAGAGAAGACCAAAGGUUAAAAGAAUGCUAAUUAGUAUGGAACCACAACUGUCUUAUCUGUCACCAGUCGCCCAGUAUCAGUAUGGUCCACAGGUAAUCACUGGUAGUAGUGAAGAUUCUGAUAAUCCUGUUAAAGAAUUCACUCCGAAAAUAUCUCGAUCAGAGUGUGGACCUUCAGACAAUCCUGUGAAAGUGUCCUCCCCAAAAAAGUCGACAGCUAAACCUGGUGGAAAGGAAAUGGCUAAUACUUUUGAACUUUCUUCAUCUAGCUCAAAAAUAGGGUCAAAACAAGAGAAACGGACUUAUGGUGUAGAACUGUCUUCCACUAAAUCGCAGAUUAAGUCGAGGGGAAAAGAUUCAGAAAAUAUCAGUGAGAAUUUCAAAGAAGGAAAACUCUUUUCAACAAAUGGUAAAAUUCAAAAAGUGAAUGGUCAGUUGUUGAUGGGGUCUAAAAAAGAAUCAAUGAGUCCUCAGAAAGGGAGCAACAAGUUUAAUAUGAGCAAAUCUCCAAAAAGUGGUAAACAAAUAAAAAAAACUUACAAAAAGAGAAACAAGAUAGAUUCUAAACAAAUGUUGAUUAAUCAGUGGCUGAAAAGCAGCAAAGAAUGUAGAAUAGAUGAUAAGGAAAAUAAUCACAACAAAUUCCUAACUAUCAAAUGGCAAGGGAAUAAGUAUAUACUCAUGAAAACACAUGAACAAAAUGGCAACUGUUUGUCAACAAUUUCUCCCUAUAUCUGUAAAAGUCGACAGCCAAGUCCCAAUGCAAGAGCUUCACAGCUGAGGGAAGAUAGGCAGCAAAGUCCCAAUACUAGAGCAUCAAAAGUUAAAGAAGACAUACUACAAAAUACAAAUAUAGGAGGUUCAAAGUUGAGAGAUGGUAUUCAGCAAAGUCCAACUACCAGAUCUUCACAAUUAAGGUCAGGAAGUCCAAUUACAAGAGCAUCUAAGAGUCCACAGCCGAGUCCAUUAAUUAAACAAACUCCCAGGUCGCUACUGACUGAAGACAUCUUACAAAAAAUAUCAGAAAAGAGAUCUAGCUUGAUUAAAACUUAUCCACUUAGAUAUUCAAAUAAGCCUGAAAACGGCAAUGUCAGGUGUUCGCUGUCAUCAAAAUUUGUGGAUGGUGAAACAGCGAAUGAUUCUUUCCCUGUACUACAUUCUAUUCUGAAUGACCAAGUCACAUUGAAAAGUUCUCCAAAAGAGAGUAGAGUAACUCCGUCUAAGAUGAACAGUCCUGUAAGUCAUCCUGUCGUGGAGGAAUUGAACAGUUCGGGAAGUAGUGACACUUUAAGUUACAUGGAUGAGGACUUUCUUACAUCUGAUGAUUCGGACAAUAAGGAGCCAUCUGAAAUCGAGACUAAGUAUGUAAUCAAGAGAUAUGACAAUGUCAAUGGCCUGGAACAAGUUCAGGUUGUACUGCCAAGCAGUUGAUGACAAUAUAUUCAUAUAUAUAUCACACACAUUGUGGCAGCUUUUAUGUAUAGCAUAAACUGUGCGUUUACAAUUUACUAUAUUGCUUAUCUAUGGACAAAAUAGGUCUGAAAUUAGACAGUUGCCAGUUUUGACUAUUGAUAUCACUUAGGCACUUUCACUGAAAGAGAUAUAAAAGUGCUAUCAUAUAACCUUUUAUGAAGAUUAUUCCAGGGACAUUUGUUGUGAACAAGGAAGUAAUAUCUUUUUAGUGUAGCUUUAUAAAAAAGUUAAUAAAUCACUAGUAUGUGACUGUAUUAAAGCCCCAUUUAUUAUGGACUCCUACUUAAAAAAAACAUACUUUAUUUUAAGGUAUUUCCAUGAUGGGUUUUGUUCACAGUUUGUUUCUUAGAUGGGCCAGUUAAAUCUAAAUUGUGUUUAUUGUUUGUGAUUCACUGCCUUGUAAGAUGCAAUUUUAUUGACAGGGUAAAUUUAGUGGUAAAUUGCCUUCUGUGAAAAAUACGACACACAGAAAAAUUUCCUGAUAUACGGUAGUAGUAGGUGUAAUACAGAGAUUCUCCGUCUUGUUAUGUGAAUUGACAGCCAAAAUGUCUUGAGAAUAAAUUUAAGAUUUCACACUAAAAGAAAUUUAAUGAAUUGGGUUUGUGCAAAGAUUUCAUACAGGUAUAUAUAAAUGAUUUGAAAAGUUUUUUCCUCUGAAAUAUGUAGUACAAUGUACAAGUAAAAUCUUCUUUAACAUUUCAAUGCUUCUAUUUUAAAAAUUUUAUUUCAUUUUGAUGUAAAGGCACUUUCAACACUUUUUACAACCCUAUAAAAUUACAAAAUAAAGCAAUUGAUUCUCAUAAUUGCAUUUUUAUUCUACAAACAUGAAAUUACUAGCAUUGACUAGUUAAAACAAGCCUAUCAAUUUGUGUUUCGAUGCGUUGUUUUGAUGAGAGCACCUGCAGUCAUAGAUGUUUCAUUUUAUACGGAAAUAGAAUAUAACUUUUUGAAUGCCUCUCCCAAUCAUAAUUAGCCAUUGGAAAUUGUAUGAAACACCAUGUAAUUUUAUUAUAUCAUCAACCAUACAUGUGUAAAAUCAACUUUGCAAAACUGUCCUGUAAUUUGAAUUUAACAAGCAAAAAAAAAUUAAGGCAUUGAAACAAAUAUUGCUCAAGUGAAACAGUCACUGACAGUUUGAUUAGGCUGAUUUUACCUUACAUUUGGACCUGAGUACUGCAAUUUUGGUCUCAAAUUCUGAAGUUUUUAUAAAUAGUACUUAAUGAAAUUCAGAAGAGUUUUAAUACCACAUUGGUUGAAUUGGAAAAAUUAGAUAAAACCAUUAUGGUUUAUGCUGUAAAUCUAUCACCCCAACACUCAGUCUGUGCAGGAUGUAUUUAUACAAAGCAAUGUCUGGUAGCAAUGGGACGUUAAAUCCAAUGACUCUCGCUGGUAGAGUGCCACUCUUUCUGCACAUUAAAGACCGGACUUGUGAAAACUCUGAAGAGUGUGUAGACCACAUAUUGCCAGGCAAAAUUACUGCCCCAUCCCAACAUACUGUAAAUUCAGAAAUUAUUGCGUGCAUUUAUUAUUGCGGUUCUGAAUAACAGGCCAUUCAUUAGGAGGCGGUACCCGGUACUUUUACCCUCCUAUGCUACUGAUAAGUACCGCCUGAAUUUUUAUAUAAGAUGUUCAUUGAAUAUAUUGAAAAGUACCACCUUCAAAUAGGAAUGUACCGGUCAACAUGAAAGAUAAUGAAACCCCUGUGAAUAAUGGACAAAUAUGCGAGAUUAAUUAUUGCGAUUUCAGGAAAAUCUGCACACAGAUAUAUGUAUAAGAUAUCAGAAUGCGAAUUCUUAAUAUUGCAAUACUCACCUAGUUGCAAUAUUCGCAUUAAUAAAAACUUUGAAAUAAUUGCUGAAUUUACAAUACUCUCUUUUCUAGUGAGGUUUGCAAAAUUCUCACCCUUUAUCUCAGUUGACCCACUUUGCUGAACCUGUCUUCUAGGUUAUAUAAUUAACUCUUCCCUGAGUAAACAUUUAAGAUUUGCCACUGGACAUUAAGCAAAGAAAAAUCAAACAAAAUGUAGUCAAUAGGUCAUUAUUUUUACUAAUACACUUAUUAUGAGUAUGUAUUAUAUGAAGAAGACCAUUUAAAAAAUAUAUCACCCUUUCAUUAAAUCUGAACUUUUUUCAAAAGCCAGCGUUAAGUAUUUGUAUGAUAUAUACUUUAAUUGAUGUUAUUUUUGGCAUAUCCCCACCUUGCACCAUAUUUAAUUUUGUCUCUCUUUGACCUUGCACCUGUUUACAAAGAUGUUUGGCUGAUUAGUAACAUUUUGAAUUGAAACUUCAUAAACUUUUUGUCAGUAUACAUUGAAUAUGUAUAGAGGGUGGUCUUACUUAUUUGGUUAACUAGAAUACGACUGCUCGCUUGGUGUUGACUUAAAUUAAACAGGUCCAUUGAAAGGUGUUUUUGAUUAAUUCCUUCACAAUGAAAUCUGUUUUGUAUUUAGUUAUGUGUUUAUAACUAUGUCUUGCCUCAUAUGUGUUCAGCUAAGAGUAACUAGAAGUACAAGUACCUUUUGUUCUUUUAAGAUCUUGUAACAACAUGUGUUCAACAUGUCAAGAGGUCAGAUAGGUAUUUAAAUGUCUAAUGAAUAAUUUUCUCUGCAAUUUCAUAAAAUUUGUGUACGAUAAGAAAGAAAAUCAAAAACACAUUCAAUGUAAUUGAUUUUUUGUGAAUCGGUGAAUAGGAGCAAUAAUUGUAUUUUAAAUUGUCUAAAGAAUUCUACCAGACAGUGUGUGACAAAAUUUUCAACAAAUCCUAGAUUAAAAAAAUGUUUGUCCAACACUUUGCUACCAUGAAUGCAUACUGUGAUUUAAGGCCACCAUUGAAAAAUUCUUUGUUUGAUGUUGCCUAUCUAUGCCUUAUAGGGUUGGGUAGGUAGGGAUUUCAUUUUUUUGGCCAACAACAUUUGUUACAUGUUUAAGACAAGAAAACGACGUUAGAGCAGGAAAAAAUAUUAAAAAAAAAAUUGAACAAAUUUGUGUCAUAAAAUUUUUGGGUAGGCUGCUGUAUGUAGGUAGGCAUCAUCAAACAAUCUAAGUUUAAUUUUGGCCUAACAUAAAUGUGUUCUUUAAUGGUGCUUUAUACAGUAUAACAUAGUGUGUUUUCAUCUUGUUUGUGUGUGCUUAUUUUGUACACAGAAAUAUUUGCAUUAUUUGUCAAAUAUUGACUGAUUUUUGCUAUGCAUUUAUGCAUGAAUGCUUUUAAUUGAGUGCAAGUUAAGAUUAUUUUAUCACAAAAGACUAACAUUUCUGUUUGCUAUGCAAAAAAAUGUAGAUAUUUUAUAUUAUCAUGAUUAUAGAGAAGAAUCUUCCAAGACCUACAGAGAACUUGGGGAAAAAAAGUUUUUUGCAUUAAGACUUGGUCUGCAUAAAAUAUCUUUAAAGAGUUUACUAUUUGUAUUAAGUUUUCAUUGUUAAAUGUUGCUUGCAAAAGGAAAAGACAGAUUAUUGUGUAUAUAUUAAAUUGUUUAACCAAACUAUCAAAUUAGUAACUUAGUUUUAAAAUAUUGUUUGGGCAUUACUCCUUCAUAUAUCCAUGUCAAUAUUUAUAACUUGUCAUGCCCUAUAAAAGCCUAAAGGUCAUGCGAGAUAUUGCUAUCACUUGGUGCUCUUUGUUCAUUGUUGGUAAUCUUUUUCACAUUUCCAUUCUUUUCUCUUGAAUCCCCUUUCAGAUUUUUAUCUGAGUUGACAGUCAUAAUGAAAUGGAGGUAUUCUCUAAAAAUUCUAGUUGAAUAAAAAAUGGCUGCCAUGGGCAAUAUUUGAUUCUAAUUAUAAAUGAUCUUCUUUUAAUGUUUACUGGGUUACAAACAUGGGGAGGGGAGGGGGGCUUUGAACUUUUAUUUGAAAUAAAUCAAUAAAAACAUGAUGCUGCCUGUGACAAUCUCGACUGAAAUCUAUUCUUGAAUCUUCUUUUAAUGUUUUGAAUCUAAGUGAUUGAUGAAAACAAAGCCGUUAGAUGUUUUAUAUACCAAAAGUUAUCUUCUCUUGAGGAAUUAAGGGGUUGUGAGUGAUUAAGGCUGCUCUAAGCCUCUAUUUAUAGAAUUUUAUAGCAUUAUAUUGCAGUAGGCGGCUUCAUUUGAUUAUUGCUUACUUUAGUUAUAUGCUUACAAUGUAACUUUUUGAAUCCUGUUUGUAAUAAAAUUUAUUGAAUUAUGAAAAUAUGAAUUUUUGUAAUAAGAGGAAUGUAAGAUAUAUAUAUAUAUAGAUGAAAUCUCUAAAUAGCAUAAUUUAUUAUACCACAAUUAACAUUAUUUGAAAGGAAAGAUUGCUCUGCUCUGCCUUAUACACAUAGUAGUAAUUGCUAGUUUGAAUGUCCCUUUGGUAUCUUUCACUUAAAUUCUAAUUCGUAAACUCAAACGAACAUAAAAUAUUUAUCAAAUAACCACAAACUCUUACAUGGGAGACGCCACUUGCAGAGACAAGCGCACAUUUUAUUAUAAAUAUGAGUAUAAUAUUGUGGAAAGUUCAUAUAAAUACACAGGUAAUAAGCAGCUUGUACAUGUACUGGUUUCCCCAUAUUAGUGGUCUACAAAUCUGAAAAUAAUAAUAUAAUAUAAUUAAUAAUAUUAUUUAUUUGGCAAAAUGCUACUGUACACUUUGACUGCAAUGGCUCGAAUCACUUUAAACCACCUGAGUUCACUCGUGCAUGAACUCAAUAUCCCAAUCGAACUGACCUUACUAUAAUUAACCAAACACUAGUCAACUAUAAACAAACAACGUUUUUACAUGUUCGAUUUUUGUACAACUUUGAUAAAUACAUCUCUCUUCUAGAAGUCACCUUAGUAAAGAUUGUUUAGUAUGCAAAAAAUGUCUUGCAAAUGGUAGAUUCAGUUUCAGUUUCAGCAAACUAAUAUUUUAAGACUUGGGUUUUGGAAAUCAGUAGAUUGCAAAGGUGAACCAGCUUAAUUCAGUUUAUUUUGCCCCAUUAGAUUUCUGUUACACAUGAACUAUUUUGAAUUAGGUUUUAAACGACAUAGAGGAAAUUGGUGUACACAUGUUUGGUUUAUGUAAUAAAUAAAAUCAUCAUAGAUACCAGAAUUAAAGUUUUGUAAAUAAAUUUGAACAUUAUUUUCAACAGCUUAUAGUUUUAAAUAGCUUGUGUUAUAGUAGAAUAGAAUAACUGAAGAAUAAUUGUUAAAAUGAAGGAUGGUCUUUCCUAUAGAAGUCUGUGUAUAGUUUAUAUAAAAAUAUGUUGCAAUCUCAGCAUAUGAAGCUAAGUAUCAUGUAUUUUUUCAAGUUUAUAAUUAAAAGAUCUGCAUGUCAAUUUUUCUACAAUUUUCUGACCUCAAUCAGAUUAUCUAGUUCAGUGAUAUAUUUCAUAAAUUAAUGUUUGUAUUCAAACUG